AUGUUGCGAUCUCUUGUUGCCUUGGGGUUCACUAUCGGCCUGCUGGCCAUGCCAGGAGCUGCCGUUACGGUAGACAAUGCCUUCAAUAUCUAUACUGGUACUGGUACUGGUAGCUGCGCCAGUCGAUUGUCAAAGCUCGAGGACUUUUGGAUGGAUACCAAUACCUUAGCUUCCGGCCUUGCAACUGCGUUCAACACCGCCGAUGAUAAGGACGCGACCAUAGAUCGUGUGGUCGCCCAAAAGCUUUUCACGGCAUGGCUGGGAAUCAAAUUCGAUAAUUCCGGCGACACCCCAGCAAUUAAAGAUGAGUCUAGUCAAACCUCCAUGUCGGCUUUUGAGCAAAAUUCCGAUGUGCUAAACAAAUUCGUGGCCAGUGGAGAGUAUUCGUCGUACAAGUCUCCGCCUAGGCUAUUCUGUGACAACUUUGGAGACUGGUUUGACUGGACAGAUCAAGCCUUUGACGCUUCAGGAAAUCCCGUGGAAUUGAACGGAGUCGCUCUGACUAUCGAAGAGAUGUAUGAGCAAGUAAGGCAACAGGCGGGAUAUGAUUCUCACCGCCCAUACUGGAUUUCCGACAUGGGGGUCUAUGUCUUCCCAAAGCCAACAUCGAACGGCGACUUGUGCGGGGCGAGUGCAAACGGCAACCCCCUUCAGGGGGUGAGCAUUCCUGGCUACCCGGAGGGAUACUACCAGGCUACCGUCAACGGAGAGACUGAAAUCAUCGAAUACAAAGCCAUGGAGGACAUUGUGCUGCUAUGUCCCGACUCGUUUGAUAGUCAAAUCCCGUGGGAGUAUGACAUUCUCGCCAGCCUGCCAGAAGUCGAGGCAGAAGAAGGGGAGUAUCUGUAUGAUGCGAUGCCCCGGAGCAGCACCUUAUUCCACGAACUUUGGCACCUGGUGACUUUCUGGCUGGGGUUGGACAAGAAGAUCGAUCAACCAAUAACCGGUCGGCUUACCGAUCACUCUUAUUAUACGGAACAAUGUCUUGCACUUGCGGCCGGUUGGUACACAAAUAUAUAUGCUGACCAAAACGUCGAAAAUUAUGUUUUUUUGGCAAUGAGCUGGUGGUACUGGGUUGAAGAAAAUGUGGCAUUUUACGACGGCGAACCUCAUGCCUGGGAUUGGGUGCCCGAAGAGGGGGAAGAUGACGAUGAUGGUGAUGAUGAUGAUGAGGAAGAUUAG